AUGGGCAGGGGGCGGUGCGUGGGUCCCAGUCUGCAGUUAGGGGGGCAGGAGCGGCGCUGCUCACCUCUGGUGCCAAAGGGCGGCGGCGCUGCCGAGCUCAGCAGUGGAGGCGGCGAGAACAUGGUGCGCAGGUUCUUGGUGACCCUCCGGAUUCGGCGCGCGUGCGGCCCGCCACGAGUGAGGGUUUUCGUGGUUCACAUCCCGCGGCUCGCGGGGGAGUGGGCAGCGCCAGGGGCGCCCGCCGCUGUGGCCCUCGUGCUGAUGCUACUGAGGAGCCAGCGUCUAGGGCAGCAGCCGCUUCCUAGAAGACCAGAGACGCUGCGGAUCCCAGAGGCUUAACUGGCAGCUGGAACGAGGUCCUCCAUCAAGAAUUUAGACGCUUGGUCCAAUUAUCACUCCACCGCGCGCACUUUCCGCAGGAGCGAUGUGAUCCGUUAUCGUAACUGCGGACCUGGGGUUCCACGUGGAAGACGAUUGGGAUUUCACUGGCCGCGGUGGGGGUGGGAGCAGGCAGAGUCUGAGUGGGGUUAGUGGACUCGGAACGAAAGGCAGGACAUGACAGAAAGCAACUCUGGGUCACCUCUCCAGCUUGAAACACUGGCUAGGCCUCGUUUUGGAGGGGAUGGGUAGAUGAGAAGUGAAUCAGGGUUACUCGGAGGAACCACGAGGAAAGUGCGCUUCUGAGACUCUUGACAGCCAUUUCGUUCCCUUCCAAGCCAGAUGGAGACCCAAGAGUGUUGAAAGGCCACGGCUUCCCUCAGUUUCUCCAUCUGGGGGUGCAGGAUGGUAUAGAGAGUGGCCCGUAGUAUUUUUCCAGUGAUGAUGUCUCUCCACUGUUUUCUUCUUAUAUUGCAGCUUUCCCCAUGUUUGAAAAUUUUCUUUUCAAAUGAAAUCAUUGAUUAGAAUUUAAUGUCAGUAGCUAUUAAAACAAGAUCAAUUUCCAUGACAGUAAGCCAACCGAUGGAGAAAACCUUGGGAAUGAAUAAAUGAAGGAUUUGUCUGGUAGAUGAUAAAAGGUCCUUUUAAAGGGUCUGACUCUUCCUAGAAAAACCCACCAACUUGGGACCUCAACAGAUUCACCAUAUCCUAAUUCAUGCUAUUUUAAUGGGAUUCAGCAAACCCACAUGUGUUUACAAUUGUCGAAGCUACCAAAUGUCAGUAGCCUUUUUUUUCUAUUUGUUGAAUGUGAAUCUCAUGUACGAAGCCAUCUAAACAGAAGAAAUUACAAGAAUGAUUUUAAAUCACAUACAAAACCAAUAGUAUUGCUAGAGGAGAAAUAGUCAAGGACGGCAUUAUGAAGAAAGUGAGGGAGAAUUUCCAAAGAGCAGAAAGAUAGGGCUUGGUGGACCAACGAACGUUUCCAUCUAAAAGGAAUGGAAAAUACUUAGAGUCUCUGAACCCACUGAGUCUUGAACUGUUUAACUAAUAUUUGUAGUUCCAGAUAUAGCACAGUGCCUUGUACAUAGUUGUAUUUUUAAAAAUAUAGUGCCUCGUAGAUUUUUUUUCAACUUUUAUUUUAGGAGGAGGGGGCACAUGUGCAGGUUAAUUACAAAGGUAUAUUGCACCAUGCUGAGGUUUCGAGUACGACUGAAUCUGUCACUCAAGUAGUGAGCACAGUACCCACAGUAGGUAGUAUUUCAGCCCUUGCUCAUUCCCUUUCUCCUCCAUCUAGUAGUCCCCAAUGUCUAUUGUUCUCAUCUUUAUGUACAGUUAGCAUUUGUUUUUUUAAAAAGGGUGGUUGAAGAAAUUCUCAGUGCUUGUCAGUGUCUCUCAGUGCAUUCAUUUAAUUCACGAGCCCUGGAAUGAUGGUUGCAUUUCGGCAGAACUACACAAUCAAAAAGAAGUAAUAAAAGGAAAAAAAAAGUGAAAGCCAUCAACUACAGGAUUGAAAUUCCCAAAGCAUCAGAGGGCCUUUCAAAAAAUAGUAUGUUGAUUUUUAAUUUUUAUGACAUAUUGGCUUUGUUCAUGAAAAUAUAAACAUGUUAUCACAAAGGAGUUUUUAAUUCUUCAACUAUUUCUCAGUUUUCUCUUUCCCCUUCAAAAUAAAAUAUCAUAAAUUAUUUAAA